AUUUCUCUCCAUUUCAUAACCUCCUCCUCUACUUCUUCUCCCCCCUAUCCUCUUCACCACCUCACUCUCCUUUCUUUCUUUCUUACACUUUUCACUUAUUGAUGGAGCUAAGCUUCUCUCCUAAAUCCCAAUCUUUAGCCCUUCUCUCCACCACUAACACUAAAUUCUCUUCUACUAAAUCCUCCUUUAUUCGAAGACAAUUCUUGGGUUGCUCUCACAAUCUCCGUCCUCCUGGUUCUGCUUCACCUCUUCGAGGAAGAAAAUCCAAGAAAAUCAAGAUUCGUGAGAAGAACCAGUCCCAAAGUUUACUAAUCAACGCUUCUUUUCGGCUAGAUUCUGUUCUUGUUGUUGUUGCUGUUUCCACUUUCUCUGCUCUCUCUUUUGCUUAUUUACAUCACCACUUCACCAAUAAGAAUAACAAGAAGAGAAAGACUUCUAAAGAGGAUUUGGGUGAUGGGUUAUCUCAAUUGGGGAAAAACAUUGUGAAUAACAUUGUUAGAAGUCCAUUUCUGGAUGUUGGGCAUCUUCAUAAAGUGACCUCCACCACCCUUGAAGUAAAAAGCAAGGAUUUGGUAGAUAAUGCUAGAGAGAACAGCUACGUUAUUGAGAAUGUUUUGCCAAAUGAGACUUCCGUUUUAGUUGAAUCAACAGAAUCUGACAAGAACAGCUAUGUUAUUGAGAAUGCUUUGUCAAACGAGACUUCUGUUUUAGUUGAAUCAACAGAAUCUGAUAAUAACAGUGCUGAUUUUACUGUUUCUUCUAAUGUUUGUACUUAUGUGGUUUCUAAACAAUCUGAUAAUGCUUCGGUUUUAUUGGAUCCUGUGCCUGUAAUUCAUGGAUCAGAAAGUGUAUUGCCACUUGAAUUUGCAAGGGAAUUAUCUGAGUUGACUAUAGAAAGGAGUAGAGAUGAAACUGAGGUUGAUUCUGAGUUGACUCAAUUAUUAGAAGAGAAGUCCAAUGAUACUGCUUCGUCCACCAUGAAUGAUGAAAUUGGCAAGAAGGAUGGCAUUUCUAGCUAUUAUGACAUCACCAAGAAAUCUGCUAGGGAGGAUCUUUACAAAUUUUAUGAGGAGAAUCAAUCAACUGAGAAAUCUCCGUCAAACUUAAAUGGUUUAGACACAGUGUCUUCUCAUGCUGCCCCUUUGAUUGGCAACAACAUUUCUUCAUUGAAGGUGAAUGGUGUAGGGAAAGAGGCAGAACUAUUGUCACCACAGUCCCCUCAGUUUGCAGAGACUGUUGAAAGAAAAGUUCAUCUGGCACGUUAUGAAAGAGGUGCUUCUCGUAAAAAUGAGCACAUAGGAGGAAGGAGAGGAUUUCCAAGGGAGAAGGAAAAAGGGCAUGUGAUUCAGGACGAGCAUACAAACUUACCUGAGUUUCCUUACCCAAAUGGUGUACAUAGCACCAACAAAGACCAUAAAGCAGAGCAAGUCCAUGGCUACAAUCGGUUGCUAAGAGAUGGGAGGUUAGCUGAGUGUGUAGAUUUGCUUGAAGAUAUGGAAAGAAGAGGAUUGUUAGAUAUGAGCAAGAUCUAUCAUGCUAAGUUUUUUAAGAUCUGUAAAAUUCAAAAGGCUGUGAAGGAAGCUUUUCGGUUCUGCAAGUUGGUUCCUAACCCAAGCUUGAGCACAUUUAACAUGCUCAUGUCUGUGUGUUCAAGUUCACAAGAUUCAGAUGGAGCUUUUGAAGUUCUACGUCUUGCUCAGGGGGCUGGACUCAAAGCUGAUUGCAAACUAUACACUACUUUAAUAUCAACCUGUGCUAAAAGUGGAAAAGUUGAUGCAAUGUUUGAAGUUUUCCAUGAGAUGGUUAAUGCUGGAGUUGAACCAAAUGUUCACACAUAUGGAUCACUAAUUGAUGGCUGUGCCAAAGCAGGACAAAUGGCUAAAGCAUUUGGCGCUUAUGGGAUACUGAGGUCCAAGAACGUGAAGCCAGACCGAGUUGUCUUUAAUGCACUUAUCACCGCAUGCGGUCAAUCGGGAGCUGUGGAUCGUGCCUUUGAUGUGUUAGCAGAAAUGGGGGCUGAGACGCAUCCUAUUGACCCUGAUCACAUAACUGUCGGUGCAUUAAUGAAGGCAUGUGCAAAGGCUGGCCAGGUUGAUCGAGCAAAAGAAGUAUACAACAUGCUGCAUAAAUAUAACAUCAAAGGCACUCCAGAGGUUUAUACUAUUGCUGUUAAUUUUUGCAGCCAGACUGGUGAUUGGGAGUUCGCUCGCAGUGUGUAUGAUGACAUGACAAGAAAGGGUGUGGCCCCCGAUGAGAUGUUUCUCAGUGCACUGGUAGAUGUAGCAGGGCAUGCUGGACUGGUGGAUAUUGCAUUUGAGACCUUACAGGAAGCCAGGACUCAAGGAACACAGCUUGGAAUUGUACCAUAUAGUUCAUUGAUGGGAGCUUGCAGUAAUGCAAAAAACUGGCAGAAGGCACUGGAGCUGUAUGAGGAUAUCAAGGCCAUUAAACUGAAGCCAACAGUCUCAACCAUGAAUGCUUUGAUGACUGCCUUGUGUGAUGGGGAUCAACUACAGAAGGCUCUUGAAACUCUGUCAGAAAUGAAGAGUUUCGGCUUGUGCCCAAACAUUGUUACAUACUCUAUACUCUUAGUGGCCAGUGAGAGAAAGGAUGAUCUAGAUGCUGGUGACAUGCUUCUUUCACAAGCCAAAGAAGAUUGCAUCACCCCUACCUUUCUUAUGUACAAAUGUAUAAUUGGAAUGUGCUUGCGGAGAUACAAGAAGGCUUGCUCACUUGGUGAAUCCAUCUUGUCUUUUGAUUCUGGACGGCCGCAAAUAAAAAACGAGUGGACAUCACGGGCCUUAACAGUCUACCGUGAAACAAUCGCAGCUGGAGAGAAACCUACAAUGGAAGUUGUUUCACAAGUUUUAGGAUGCCUUCAGCUUCCUUGUGAUGCCUCAUUGAAAGGAAGAUUAGUUGAAAAUUUGGGAGUUACUGCUGACCCAUCAAAAUUCUCUAACCUAUGCGCUUUGGUGGAUGGAUUUGGAGAAUAUGAUCCUCGUGCUUUUUCGUUGCUUGAGGAAGCUGCUUCUCUUGGAACUGUUCCAUGUGCAUCUUUUAAAGAAAGUCCCAUUGUUAUGGAUGCUAAACUAUUGCAAUCUCAUAUUGCUGAGGUGUACCUCUUAACGAUUUUGAAAGGUCUCAAGCAUCGGCUUGCUGCUGGUGCAAAGUUACCCAAUAUAACAAUUCUACUGCCUACAGAGAUGACGCAAAUCAAAACACUUAAAGGGGAGAAAACAAUCAACCUUGCAGGAAGGAUCAGUCAGGAUGUUGCAUCUCUUUUGAGAAGGCUAGGACUGCCUUAUCAAGGGAAUGAAUCAUAUGGGAAGAUUAGAAUUAAUGGGAUUUCAUUGAGAAGAUGGUUGCAACCAAAGCUUGCUUCACCUUUCAGUGGAAAACCAGAAGAGUUGAGCUUUUCCUUAUCACGAAUAGGAAAAGGAAUAACUCAUCAGCAGCGCAAUAUACGAACUGGAAAUUUGUCUUUGAAUUAAGAGGAAGGAUAAAUAUUGCUGCUGAUAGGAAACGGAUUUAGAAGAAUGAGUUAUAUGGAGAGCUUUUCUUUAUCAUGAGAUUACAACAGUUUUAUAGAUGACCUAGUCUCAUUAUCCUACCGCAGGCCAAAUUGCUUUCCUGCUCUUGGAUGGUUUUUGGAGAUUGUUAGAAGUUGAAAGUCCUUUCCUUCAACAGACUUUUGUAGGAUACUCCCAGAGGAAUAUAAAUGAAGUGAAUAUGGCCAAAGGAAUUUAAACAAUUUAUGGCUGAAAAAAAGAGAUUGCUUUAUUGAGCAGUCUAAAACAAUUUAUGGCUGAAAGAAAAGAGAUUGCUUUAUUGAGCAGUCACUCAUGGUUUUCCUUUUUGAGCAGAAAUAAAUUAACCAUGCCCAGUCCAACAUGAUACUGCCUUGGCCAUUUCCUGCCUCUUCAACAGCAGAAGUCCAAUGCCGAAAGUAAGAGGUAGAAUAAUGAAGACUGUUGCAUCACAUAAUGUAUAAUACAAAAGUACUGCUUGUAAUUAAGAAGAUAUCAUCUACCAAUGUACAUUGUCAAUUUUGUAUCUAUUAUGUAUAUCUUUUUGGCAAUACUACUCCAGUUGUUUUCUCUUUUCUCUA